AUGGCAGAUCGGGAAGAGGGCUGCCGUGCGGCCGACAACUCAUCAAGCGUCGGCCAGCUGUCUCUGCAACGUCCUAUGGUGAUGGGUGGUGGUGGUACUGGGGGUGAUAUUGGGGCUGGGGGUGAUGCUGGAUCUGGUGCUGGUGCUGGUGCUGAGAGAGGUGCUGGUCCUGCCACUGCCGCUGCUCGGACUGGUUCUGCUGCCGCUGCCGCCGCUUCCGCCCCUCUCGAUACCCUCCCAAACGAGCUUCUCCUCCACAUAUUUGGCUAUCUCGAGGUCUGCGACCUCUUGUCGACAUCGAGGACAAACCACCACCUCCGCCACCUGUCGCUUGCCCCCGUCGUCCACUCGCUCCGCCUGCGCCGGUCAAAGAAUGCUCUACCCCCCCUCCUCUGGUCCCGCCCGUCCCUGGCCGACCUGAUGGGCCGCCGCAUCUUUGUCACCCAGACUACAGCCGUGUCGCGCCGCCUCGCCCGCUCGCUCGUGUCCAUCCGCUUGUCGCGCCGCCUGGCCGCCCGCCCGUCACCCGAGGCCCUGGUGACGCGCUCCAUACUGCCGGCCGAGUGCUGCCCCGGCGGCCCCGUCGCCCCGGCCCUCGUGGCCAAGAAGAGGGCCGUGGAGAAGGAGCGCGUCAAGGACGGACUGCGCCGAUUUGUUGCCGGCUGGACCGGCGAGGUCAGGGAGCGGUCCGAGGGCGUCCGCCGCUGGGAGGAGUCGCGGGGAGUGGGGAGGGUGUGGAGGCUCAAGAGGUUCUGGGAGCGGGUGGCAUGUGAUUUAUUGUAG